UCAAUGUUUAGUGGCAUCACCCUCUACCAAAUUGCACCAGCAUUGAUAACAAUGCCGACCGCGCAGACUUCAACUUCUACCAAAGGGAAGGCAAGUAUUAGUGUUCAAACACAACUUCUUCUUCAGCUCAACAAUUACACAAUCACAACAUAUUCAAUGUUUUAUAAUUAA